CUAUAAAAAGAUCAGUAGAAGAAGCUUCUGCAUUGUGACUGAGCUCCACUUCAGAAACAGAAAGAGUGACUGAAGAAAAAGAAGCCAUCACAGCUCUUUGGAAAGGGAAUAAUGAGGUUCCUGGUUUUUUAUUUGCUGCUUCUUUCUGCUGCUGUGGUCAAUGCGCAAAAUGAGCGUUACAGGAAGUUUAAAAACCAGCAUAUCAUCGGGGAGAUGAACGUGAACCGGUGUAGUACCGUCAUACGAAACAGACACAUCACCAUGACUGACAGCAAUCAGUGCAAGGAGAUCAAUUCCUUCAUCAUAUCCAUGCCUAACCCUGUCAAAGCCGUCUGUGGAAGGGCAGGAAAGCCCUACGGGACCGGGGCCAUGACCGAGAGCCUCCAGCCAUUCGACGUUAUUACGUGUACUCUGAGAAGCCAGCAUGGUUCUAACUGCGAGUAUCGAGGCCACAGGAGCACAAGGUACAUCGUAGUCGCAUGUGAAGGUGGCCUUCCUGUACACUAUGAUGAAGGCAUCGUGCACAUUGGUGGCUGAGCAAACAGAAGAAAUGUACUUCAGCUUUCUGUUCAAUAAAGAUUUGAACUGAA